AUGCUCAGCUCGGAGGAUGAGGAGCCCACGCGGCCGCUGCUGUGGGUUUGGGUCCGGAGGAGGAGGAGGUGGAGGAGCUUUCCCAACACGGAGAUGUCCUCUGGGUCCUCCUGCUCAGACGCUGAUGAUGGAUGGACAACCACAACAACAGAGGGUGCAUCCAUGGAGGAUGAUGGUGAUGAUGGUGACGAGGAAGAUGAGGACGAAGAUGGGACCAAAAUCAAGCCCCGCAGCAUUGCAUCAGGACGGAGAAGAACUGGCACCUCCUGCACCCAGUGUGGGAAAAGCUUCCACCAUGCUGCAUCGCUCCGACGGCACCGCCGCCUGCACCGCCGCAUGCAGCCGUCCCCAUGCACCCGCUGUGGCCGCGUGCUGAUGUGCAGCUCCGCCCUGGAGGACCACCAGAAGAAGCACUGCCGACCCCAGGCCCGGCACCGCUACUUUCCCUGCGCUGACUGCGGCAAGCAGCUCUCCUCCAAUGCCGCGCUCAUCACCCACCGCCGCAUCCACACCGGGGAGCGGCCCUAUGGCUGCCCCGACUGCGGGAAGCGCUUCAUGGCCAGUAAGUCACUAGGCAAGCACCGCAAGAGCCACUCAGAGGACGGCUUCUUUACCUGCCCUGACUGUGGCAAGAAGCUGACGUCCAAAGCCACGCUGCUCACCCACCGCCGCAUCCACAGCGGGGAGCGGCCCUAUGGCUGCCCCGACUGCGGGAAGCGCUUCAUGGCCAACAAAUCGCUCAGCAAGCACCGCAAGAGCCACAUGCUGCCAGGCAGCAAUGCCAGCAGUGCUGCAAACACAGCCUACGUGGCACAGCUCCACAUGCACCACAAUCAUGCACCAGAACUAAAUGCUAAAUACAGGCAGAGCUCAGCCCUCAGUGCAACACCUGCACAGCAGCACCGGCAGCACAAGGAUGUGAUGCCCCAUCACUGCCUGCAGUGCGGAGCUGCAUUCCGGCUGCAUUCCGCACUGCUGCUUCACCAGAAAAGCCACACGGUGCCGCGGCCGCACACCUGCAGCGACUGUGGGAAGGCAUUCCGUGAAGCCGCCACGCUGCGCCGGCACCGCCGCAUCCACACUGGGGAGAAGCCGUACAGCUGCCAAUACUGCGGGAAGAGCUUCCGCGCCAGCUCCACGCUCAUCAUCCACCAGCGCAUCCACACCGGCGAGAAGCCGUACCCGUGUGGCAGCUGCACCAAGCGUUUUGUCUCCAGUUCGUCACUCAUGAAGCACCGCCGCACGCACCAGCGCCAAGCACCAUGA